AAUCGUGUCUGGGUUCUGCCAUGCCAGCUACUCUCUGACUCAUCGUCAUCUCUAUCGCCUUCUUCUUCUUCUUCUUCUUGUUCCUGUAAUCAAAAUCUCAAGAAAUCAUCUGAUUCUGAGCCGUUGACGGGAAACGCAGAGAGGGCAAGAAUGAGUUUCAGGGAAGAAGGCGACGAUGGGAGAGGGGAUCUGAGGAAGCCAUUUCUGCACACUGGGAGUUGGUACCGUAUGGGCUCCAGACAAUCGAGCAUGAUGAGUUCUUCUCAGGUCAUCAAGGAUAGCUCUGUCUCUGUCAUGGCCUGUGUUCUCAUCGUCGCCUUGGGCCCUAUCCAGUUUGGUUUCACUGGUGGGUACUCUUCGCCAACACAAAGUGCUAUUAUGGAAGAUCUCAACCUCUCUGUAUCUGAGUUCUCUUUAUUCGGUUCUCUGUCGAAUGUUGGUGCUAUGGUUGGGGCAAUUGCUAGUGGUCAGAUUGCAGAGUACAUUGGACGAAAGGGGUCGUUAAUGAUCGCUGCUCUUCCUAACAUCAUUGGGUGGCUUUCCAUCUCAUUUGCCAAAGAUCCUUCUUUCCUAUACAUGGGAAGAUUGUUGGAAGGCUUUGGUGUGGGAAUAAUAUCUUACACGGUACCGGUAUACAUUGCAGAAAUUGCACCUCAAACUUUGAGAGGGAGUCUUGGUUCAGUGAAUCAGCUAGCUGUUACUAUUGGGAUUAUGCUGUCAUACUUGCUGGGACUUUUUGUCAACUGGAGGAUUCUAGCUGUUCUUGGGACAUUACCCUGCCUAGUGCUGAUACCUGGACUAUUUUUCAUUCCAGAAUCUCCUCGAUGGUUGGCAAAAAUGGGUUUCACAGAAGAUUUUGAAACCUCCUUACAAGUUCUUCGAGGUUUUGAUGCUGACAUCACUAUUGAAGUAAAUGAAAUUAAGAGGUCUGUUGCAUCAUCAACAAGCAGAAGAACUGCAAUACGUUUUGCAGACCUUAAACACAGAAGAUACUGGUUCCCACUGAUGGUUGGAAUUGGAUUACUUUGUCUGCAGCAAUUAGGUGGAACCAAUGGUGUUCUAUUCUACUCUAGCAAUAUUUUUCAAGCAGCCGGCAUUUCUUCGAGCAAUGCUGCUACAUUUGGUCUUGGUGCUAUCCAGGUCAUUGCAACUGCAGUUUCUGUAUGGCUGGCGGACAAAUCAGGCCGUAGACUUUUACUUAUUGUUUCAUCUACCGGAAUGGCUAUCAGUCUCCUCCUCAUCUCCGUUUCCUUCUUUGUGAAGGGAUUCGUAUCAGAAGACUCGUCUCUCUAUGGCAUUUUGGGAAUAGUAUCUGUUGUUGGAGUUAUGAGCAUGAUUGUUUUCUUUUCGCUUGGAAUGGGGCCUGUACCAUGGCUUAUCAUGUCCGAGAUUCUUCCCAUCAAAAUCAAAGGCCUUGCUGGAAGUGUGGCUACCUUAGCCAAUUGGCUCUUCAGUUGGGUCAUUACCAUCACUGCACCUAUGCUUUUGGAUUGGAGCAGCGGAGGGACAUUCAUGUUAUACACGGUUAUGAGCGUGUUCACAAUAAUAUUUGUAUCUAUUUGGGUCCCUGAGACGAAGGGCAAAACUCUCGAAGAAAUUCAACAUGGAUUCAGAUAGAUGGUUAGUUCCCCCGAUUCUUUGUCCGUUGUGUGUACCUUUUUAUUUUGUUUUGUAAUUUAUGUUUCUUUGGAUGGAGGGGCGGGGUCGGUAUACAUGUAUGUAUAGACACAUUGUUGUAGAAUGGCGUCGAGUUCCUUGAGCUUUUUCCAUUAUUUUAUGGUUUGUUCUCGCGCGAAUGGACCAUUAUUUCCACCAUUCCUUAAUAAAUGUUGUUUCGUGAGAAAAAACAUUGUUAUUCCAUAUUUUUUUGUAAGACAUUGUUAUACCAUAUAGUAUCAUGGGGGGUGGGGGUUCGAGGAUGUUAGUGGGUGUGGGAA